AUUUUACCUACACUGAUUUUGGAUGGUAGUGCGGAUUGACCAAAUCAGUAUUUGUAUGCAAAAAAAAAUUUGAGGGAGAAGAGCAUUUUAGCUUUAAAUUUUCAGGCAAGUUUAGUAAUACAAAACAGUGAUUAUAGUAAAGAUUUAAUUUACUUCAUCAAUAUAACAAUUCUGCAAAAUGGCUCCGAAGAGGAAGUUAGUGAAGCUUGAGGCUGAAUCUGACGAAGCUUUUCAAGAAUUGUUACAGCCAGAAUAUAAGGGUAAAAAGUUGACAGAUGAGAUCAAUACAGCGGAAGACAAAUGGAACUUAUUACCAGCUUUCUUGAAAGUUAAAGGGUUAGUCAAACAACAUUUGGAUUCGUUCAAUUAUUUCGUCGAUGUUGAUUUGAAAAAGAUUAUAAAUGCCAAUGAAUUGGUGCUAUCAGAUGUUGAUCCCGAAUUUUACUUGAAAUAUUUAGAUAUUAGAGUAGGACAUAAAUCAUCAUCAGGUCCAGAAGUUAGGGAAGUCAUCAUGCCACCUCAUGAAUGUCGUUUGCGUGAUUUAACUUAUUCAGCUCCAAUCUAUGUUGAUGUGGAAUAUACCCGAGGUCGUAAGAUCAUUAUGCAUAAAGAUUUAGAAAUUGGAAGAAUGCCAAUUAUGUUAAGAUCAAAUAAAUGUAUUCUUGAUGGGAUUGAUGAAAAGAAAAUGGCCAGAUAUGACGAAUGUCCAUUGGAUCCAGGUGGUUAUUUCGUGGUUAAUGGUACUGAAAAAGUUAUUUUAGUUCAAGAACAAUUGUCCAAGAAUAGAAUUAUCGUUGAAGCUGAUGAAAAGAAGAAUAUCGUUCAAGCAUCAGUAACAUCUUCAACUCAUGAACGUAAAUCCAAAACUUAUGUGAUCACCAAGAAUGAUAAGAUUUAUUUAAAGCAUAACUCUAUCAGUGAAGAUAUUCCUAUAGUCAUUGUAUUGAAAGCUGCCGGUAUUACUUCUGAUUUGGAAAUUUUACAAUUAGUUUGUGGUGCUGAUCCUCAAUAUCAAGAUCUUUUUGUGGUUAAUUUUGAAGAAGCUGCCAAAUUAGAAAUCUUCACUCAACAACAAGCAUUAAACUAUGUCGGAAGAAGAGUCAAAACUAUCAGAAGAGCAGGAGCUCCAAAAUUAUCUCAAUUACAAGAAGGUAUUGAAGCCAUUGCCACUACAAUCAUUGCACAUAUAACAGUAUCAGAUUUACAAUUCCGUGAAAAAGCAUUAUAUAUAGCCACCAUGGCCAGACGUGUGGUCAUGACUAUGCACAACCCUAAAAUGGUUGAUGAUAGAGAUUAUGUGGGUAAUAAGAGAUUAGAAUUAGCUGGUCAAUUGAUGUCUUUAUUAUUUGAAGAUUUAUUUAAAAAGUUCAAUUCAGAUUUUAAGGCUAAUAUUGAUAAAAUUUUAAAGAAACCUAGUAGAACUUCAGAAUUUGAUGCAUUAUUAUCAAUUAACAUUCAUUCUAAUAAUAUUACUCAAGGGUUAAAUAGAGCCAUUUCAACUGGUAAUUGGUCCUUAAAACGUUUCAAGAUGGAAAGAGCCGGUGUUACUCAUGUUUUAUCAAGAUUGUCAUAUAUUUCCGCAUUAGGUAUGAUGACUCGUAUUUCAUCACAAUUCGAAAAAUCAAGAAAAGUUUCUGGUCCAAGAGCCUUACAACCUUCUCAAUUUGGUAUGUUAUGUACUUCUGAUACACCGGAAGGUGAAGCCUGUGGUUUAGUUAAAAAUUUAGCAUUAAUGACUCAUAUUACUACUGAUGAUGAAGAAGCUCCAAUUAAAAAGUUGUGUUACGUGCUAGGAUGUGAAAAUAUCUUAGGAAUUGAUUCAGCUACUUUACAUUCUGAUGGUAACUUUGGUAUAUAUCUUAAUGGUACUUUAAUUGGUACCAACAGAUUCCCAUCCAAAUUCGUUUCUGAUUUUCGUCGUUUAAGAAGAACAGGUAAAAUUUCCGAAUUCGUUUCCAUCUACACCAAUACUCAUCAAACUGCCGUUCAUAUCGCCACUGAUGGUGGUAGAAUUUGUCGUCCAUUAAUUCUUGUUCAAAAUAAUCGUCCAAAAGUUAAUGCUGAACAUUUACGUAAACUUUUAAAUGGCGAAUGGGCAUUUGAUGAUUUCUUAGCUCAUGGAUUAGUGGAAUAUUUAGAUGUCAAUGAAGAAAAUGAUUCUUUAAUUGCUUUAUAUGAGGCAGACAUGGAAGAUACUGAUUCAGCUUUCACUCAUUUGGAAAUUGAACCAUUCACCGUGUUAGGUGCUGUUGCUGGUUUAAUUCCAUAUCCUCAUCAUAAUCAAUCACCAAGAAAUACUUAUCAAUGUGCUAUGGGUAAGCAAGCUAUUGGUGCUAUAGCAUAUAAUCAAUUUAGAAGAAUUGAUACCUUAUUAUAUUUCAUGGUUUAUCCACAACAACCAAUGGUUAAGACCAAGACUAUUGAAUUAAUUGAUUAUGAUAAAUUACCAGCUGGUCAAAAUGCUACUGUGGCAGUUAUGUCUUAUUCAGGUUAUGAUAUUGAAGAUGCUUUAGUGUUAAACAAAGCAUCAGUUGAUAGAGGUUUUGGUAGAUGUCAAGUUGUUCGUAAGAACACUAUCCAAUUAAAGAGAUAUCCAAAUCAUACUAAGGAUGUUGUUUCUGGUAUGAGAGUUGAUGAAGAUGGUCAACCAAUUUUCGAACAUCAAGCUUUAGGUCCAGAUGGGUUAGGAGAAAUCGGUGCUAGGGUUGUUAAUAGUCAAGUUUAUGUUAAUAAGAGUGUUCCAACCAAUGCUGGUGAAUCAGUAUUGGGUCAUAAUGAACAAACUCCAAGUAUUGAAAGUCAUAGAGAAACUCCAGCUUAUUAUAAGGGACCGGAACCAUCAUAUGUUGAUCAAGUUAUGAUGUCAGUUAGUGAUAAUGAUCAAGCAUUAAUUAAAGUUCUUUUAAGACAAACUAGAAGACCAGAAUUAGGAGAUAAGUUUUCUUCAAGACAUGGUCAAAAGGGGGUUUGUGGUAUUAUUGUUCAACAAGAAGAUUUACCAUUUAAUGAUGAUGGUAUUUCUCCUGAUAUUAUUAUGAACCCACAUGGUUUCCCAUCUCGUAUGACGGUUGGAAAAAUGAUUGAAUUAAUCUCCGGUAAAGCUGGUGUAUUGAAUGGAUCCUUAGAAUAUGGAACAUGUUUUGGAGGAUCUAAAUUGGAAGAUAUGUCCAAGAUAUUAGUUGAUAAGGGGUUCAGUUACUCUGGUAAAGAUAUGUUAUAUUCUGGUAUUACAGGUGAAUGUUUACAAGCAUAUAUUUUCUUUGGUCCUAUCUAUUAUCAAAAAUUAAAACAUAUGGUUUUAGAUAAGAUGCAUGCCAGAGCCAGAGGUCCAAGAGCUGUUUUAACCAGACAACCAACAGAAGGUAGAUCAAGAGAUGGUGGUUUGAGAUUGGGAGAAAUGGAAAGAGAUUGUGUUAUCGCAUAUGGUGCUUCCCAAUUAUUACUUGAAAGAUUGAUGAUUUCAUCUGAUGCCUUUGAAGUUGAUAUUUGUAACAAAUGUGGUUUAAUGGGUUAUCAUUCAUGGUGUACAACUUGUAAGAGUUCAGAAAAUAUUAUCAGAAUGACAAUCCCAUAUGCUGCUAAAUUAUUAUUCCAAGAAUUGUUAUCAAUGAAUAUCGCUCCAAGAUUGAAAUUAGGAGACAUCUUCUAAACAAGUGU